AAAACAAGAAAAAAAAAGAAAAAAAAAAUCUCCUCUCUCUAUUUCUCUGCUCCUAGUAACAAACACCAAAUCCAGAAGACAAACUGGUCAUAAAUCUACAAAUCAUGUAUUACCCCCUCAAUUCUUGUUUGAUUUUCCUCUUCCUCUUCACCUUAAUCUACCAUAUUCCCUAUGCUUCAAGUAAACAAGAAUAUGGAUGGUGUGAGACUACUCAGUUUCAGUGUGGUAGCAUCACCGCCGGUUUCCCAUUUUGGGGUGGAAAUCGUCCUGAACCUUGUGGUCGUGCGUCGCUGGAGCUUCACUGCAGAAGCAAAAACGUCACCUCUUUAAGCAUCUCAAACCAUGAGUACAAUGUUUUCAAUAUUAAUCCCACAUCUCGUACUGUUAGACUUGUCAGAGCUGACCUUUUACGUCCUUUUUGCUCCUCUACAUUCAAUACCACAACCUUGCCCCCCGAAAUCUCUGAGCUUUCACCAAGCUACAAGAGCCUCACCAUUUUCUAUCACUGCAACCCUAGUUUUCAUUAUGUUUCCAGUUAUACAUGUCCUCAGAGAGGUGUUAUCUCAGCGUAUCAAAACCCUAUUUAUCAAAGAUCCUGCCAAGAAAAUUUCACCGUAAACGUUCCUAAAACAUUCGUUCCAGAAAAGAAAGAGUUGAAUAUGACUCAUUUGGAAAGUGUUCUAAGAGAAGGAUUUGAGGUUAUGGUGAAUACUGAUGAGCUGACGUGUGAAGGAUGUUCUUCCUCACCUAUUGAGAGUUACGAGCGCUGCAGUGAACCAUUUCCCUGCGGCAAUCAGGGAAGUCUCUUGUACCCUUUCUGGGUCCGUGGCAGAGAAGACUGUGGCCACCCUGACUUCAAGCUUGAUUGUAGCAAAGGAUUCGCCGAGCUUAACCUCUCCUCCGUGAAGUUCAGAAUCUUAGAGGCUAACAAUGUCUCUCAUGUCAUAAAAAUCGGCACAUUGGAUUAUUUUGACAAUCUGUGUCUCCAACACCUAGAAAAUGCGACAUUCCCCGAAACCGUUCUUCCACUCGCUUCCCGCACCAAGAUGUUAACAAUUUAUUACGACUGCCCAAACUUGUCAUCUAAUAAUGUUACAAACGUUUACGUUGGAGAUGCUGUUUGUGUGGAUUAUGAAGAAGCUAGACGUAGAUUUGGACCGAACACACAUUACUAUGUGACGAGAAACAUCUCGUCUCCUUUACCCGACUUGGGGAAAUAUUGCAGCGGACAAGUCAGUAUACCUGUGUCUGGAUCGGCUUUGAACACAAUGCGUCUUGAUAAUCUACAGGGAACUCUUGCAAAGGGUUUUGAGGUUCAACUUAAUCAAGACUGUUCAAUGUGCCUAGAAUCUAAAGGUGCUUGUGGCUAUAAUAAGACUUCAACAGAAUUCGUCUGUUAUUGUAAAGAUGGGACCUAUGGCGAUAAAUGUGGCUCUGGAAAAAAAAGUCAUGGGGCUUUGAACAAAGCAAUUCGCAUAGUUUUGGGUUCAGUAGCAGGAGUCGUUUUGUUCCUGGUAUUAUUAACAUUGUUUCUCCGUUUUCUUCGGAUUAGAGAAACACGACUAAAACAUCAGAAGCUGAAGGCUCUUAUUCCACUCGAACACUAUACUUACGCACAAGUGAAGAGAAUUACAAAAUCAUUUGCGGAAGUGGUUGGGACAGGCGGAUUUGGAAUUGUUUAUCGAGGAACACUUAGUGACGGCCGUAUGGUUGCGGUGAAGGUCUUGAAAGACUCAAAGGGAAAUGGUGAAGACUUCAUCAAUGAAGUUGCUAGCAUGAGCAGAACUUCUCAUCUCAACAUUGUCUCCUUGCUUGGUUUCUGCUCCGAAGGUUCAAAAAGAGCAAUUAUAUAUGAGUUCUUGGGAAAUGGAUCCCUUGAUAAGUUCAUCUCAAGCAAGAACUCGGUCAAUAUGGAUUGGGAGGCACUAUAUAGAAUUGCGCUCGGAGUUGCUCGUGGUCUAGAGUACUUGCACCAUGGCUGCAAAACAAGGAUAGUACAUUUCGACAUUAAACCACAAAAUGUACUCUUAGAUGACAACUUCUGUCCUAAAGUUUCGGACUUUGGCCUCGCUAAGCUAUGUGAGAAGAAAGAGAGCAUCCUAUCUUUGCUAGACACAAGAGGUACUGUAGGGUACAUUGCACCAGAGAUGAUCUCCAGGGUUUAUGGGAAUGUGUCGCACAAGUCAGAUGUGUAUAGCUAUGGAAUGUUGGUUCUUGAGAUGAUUGGUGCAAGGAACAAAGAAAAAUAUAAUCAAGCCUCUUCUUCUAAUACAAGUUCGAUGUACUUUCCUGAGUGGGUAUAUAGGGAUCUUGAAUUGGGAAAGUCGAGAAGGGAUAUUGAGGAUGGAAUCAACAACGAGGAAGACGAGCUAGCUAAAAAGAUGACAUUGGUGGGCCUGUGGUGUAUUCAGCCUUCUCCACUAGAUCGCCCACCGAUGAACAGAGUUGUAGAAAUGAUGGAAGGAAGCUUAGGUGCUCUUGAAGUCCCUCCUAGGCCAGUUUUCCAAAUCCCCACAGUGGCUUUUCAAGAAUCUUCAACAUUUUCAGAGGAUACCUCUGUUUACACUCAAGAAUGAUCCAAGAAGCCUCCUUGGAAAGUAUCAAGGCACGAAAGCAGCUAUACAUAUAUUCAAAAAAAUAUUCUUGUAAAUGCUCUUUGGUGUUUGGUUGAUAACUUAGAAGGAUGAAGACAAAGUAUUUAGGAUAAAGUGUGGUAAAUGUUUACGAACAAGUUUCUAAUUGUACUCCAACUGAAAGUUUAUUUUCCAAGAAAAUUUCC